CUCGCCCUGAUUCCGGCUUCACGCCACUACUCUUGGAUAAGGUUCGAUUGGCUCUAGGUAUUCUAGGUGCUCAUAUAGACAACUCAUCCGAUCACUCAACAUCGGCAUUAUUUCGCAUCACCCCGCGCAGACACGCUCAUCGUAUGAUCAAUCAUGUCUGCCACUGCGGCCGAGGGUUCCCUCGCUCAAUCGAUCCAGACAUGGCUGGAAUGGGAUCAAGAUCCCAAAACACGGGCGGAGAUUGAACAGCUCCAAGAAUCCGGAAACACGGCUGAAUUAGAACAGCGGCUUGGACACCGCAUCCAAUUCGGAACGGCAGGACUGCGGGGUCGCAUGGCAGCUGGUUUCUCCUGCAUGAACUGCUUGACAGUUAUUCAGGCAUCUCAGGGUCUAGCCAAGUACAUCAAGGACAAGCAUGCAGCCAUCGCACCCGGCGGGGUGGUCAUUGGCCACGAUGCGCGUCACAACUCCGAUAAAUUCGCUGCGCUAGCGGCAAAUGCUUUCAUCUCGCUGGGAAUACCAGUCUGGUUCUACUCCCCGCCGUCAAUUACUCCCUCUGUGCCUUUCGGCGUGACCCAUCUGCGGGCAGCGGCAGGGAUCAUGGUUACUGCGAGUCAUAAUCCAGCACAAGACAACGGUAUUUAUUUUCACAAUGGGGCCCAGAUCAACACGCCCAUGGAUUUGGAAAUUGCCCAGUCGAUUGAAGAAAAUCUAGUGCCGUGGUCUGAUGCAUGGAGAGAUUUGCAACCGAGCAAGCUCCUCCACGCGGACGCUUACCAGCAAGUUCUGCCUCAGUACACCAAAGCAGUGUGGGAGUACACUAAAUCGACUGCGGUUGAGUGGCAAAAACCAAGGCCCUUCAUAUACACUCCUUUGCAUGGUGUUGGUGGCCUGGUAUUUCCGGAUUUAUGCCGUUCCGUAGGCAUUGAUGAUUUCACAGCAGUAGCUGAGCAACUGGAGCCAAACCCGGAUUUUCCCACAGUCUCGUUCCCGAACCCAGAGGAAGCUGGUGCCUUGGACCUUUCUAUGCAGACCGCCGAUCGAGAAGGCAGAGACCUCAUUAUUGCGAACGACCCGGACGCAGAUCGCUUUGCUGCUGCUGAGAAGAUCAACGGGUCAUGGUUUACUUUCACGGGAAACCAUAUCGGGGUGCUCAUUGCUUCGUAUUUAUUUGACUCGCUGGAAAAGAAGGCUAGCGAUAGCAAGAAGCCCGCGGCAGUUCUGAACUCCGCCGUGUCCACAGGCAUGCUGGAAAAGAUGGCCGCCGCCAGAGGGAUCCACUACGAAGAAGCUCUGACUGGCUUCAAGUGGAUGGGAAACAUGGGGCAAAAACUGGAACAAACUGGGUAUCAUGUCCCUUUCGCGUUUGAAGAGGCUCUGGGGUUCAUGUUCCCCGAGGUCUGCUACGAUAAGGACGGUGUCGCGGCGGCAAUGAUCUUCCUCGCGGCAGAAGCCAAGUGGAGUUCCGAGGGGCUCACGCCGUACACGAAGCUCCAGCAGCUGUUCAAAGAAUACGGACACUUCGAGACCCUCAAUAAUUAUUUCCGAUCCCCCAGCCCAGAUAUUACAGGGGCUCUUUUCCGGGCCAUCCGAAGUGGGCCGUACGGGGCUGGGAAAUCCCUCGGGUCGUUCAAGGCUUUGAGAUGGCGAGAUAUGACGGAAGGCUAUGACUCUGGCACAACGGACCACCGACCGACCCUGCCAGAAGACAAGAGCAGCCAGAUGCUGACCCUAUGGCUGGACCGCGACGUGCGGUUCACGAUCCGGGCCUCGGGGACGGAACCGAAAGUCAAGCUCUAUAUCGAAAGCUGCGGCUCAUCUCGCGACGAGGCUGUGCAGGCAGUCUGCGAUGCCUUCCUCGCUGUGCUGGAUGAAUGGGUGCGGCCUUUUGCCCCGUCCAUGACCUACAGCAAGCAGAUGCCCACAUCGUCUGGGCAUAUUUUCCAGCUGGAAUAGAGUAGCCAUCAGCCUUUCAUUUUCACUGUCCAUAGUCGAGUUCUGGUUUCUCUUCUUGUAUAUGCCACCUGUUACACAGACCCAAACAUCAAGGACAAACAAUAUAAAACACCUGUCUACUUGAUUGACAGAGCCUCAUAAGUCUCUAGCACAAGCUAUUGAUGAGUGACGCUAGCACCCUCCGAUUGACUACAAUUGAACAUCACACGGCAGCCAACCCACGGCUAGAUACUCCACAUAUUCGAUUUCCAUCCGCGGUUGUGUAGCCCC